AUGUUUUAUGCGCAUUUUGUCUUGAGCAAGAAGGGUCCGCUUGCUCGGAUUUGGCUGGCAGCUCACUGGGACAAGAAGCUUACACGUGCUCAUGUUUUCGAGACGAAUAUCAGUUCGAGCGUUGAGGCUAUUUUAGAACCGAAGCUGAAAAUGGCUCUUCGAACUUCGGGCCACUUGCUGCUUGGCGUCGUUAGAAUAUACUCGCGAAAGGCUAAAUAUUUGCUUGCUGACUGCAAUGAAAUAUACGUAAAAAUAAAGACAGCGUUUAGACCGGGGGCUGUCGACCUUCCCGACGAAUCCAACCGUGAGGCAGCUAUCGCCGCGAUAACACUCCCUGAAAAUAUUCAGGAUUAUGAAGCUACAAUGGCUGACUUGACGUAAGUACGCUGUUUACUGCCAAUCUCUGUUUUCAGCGCGAUCAACCUUAAUACUAUGACAAUUAACCAAAGUCGGCCCGAAGACAUCACAAUGCGCGAGGAUUUUGGGGAGAUCAAUUUGGGAAGGCAAGAUGAUGAUUUCGGAGACUCGGCAUUUAACGAGCUUUCAAGUCGGGAAGUUCUUCGAGAAGGAGACGUCGGCUUUGACAGUGUCUAUGGUCGUGGAACCGACGCUUCGGGGCGGUUUUCUGUACGUCCGUCGGAUCGGCCGUCAAUUCGGGGAGAUCUCGACGCAGAUGAUACACUUAUCGGGGGUUCAACGGACGAACGGGGAAAAAUUGAUAAAAGGCUUUCAGGAUAUACACCUGCCAGAGGUUCGGCACAUGGCGAUAUGGAUCUAGAUGACGGUUUCGCUGGCGCUCUUUACGGUAUGUUCUUUUCUGGUUCGCUUUCGGACUUCCUCGUCACCUCUCGGAUAGUUUGGACCCUAUUUGUUUCGUCUCCUUCUAAAGCCUUUCUCAUGAGCCGUUUAUAUGAGUUUCAGGAUACCGACAUGCUUUAGAGAAGAUUAACUACAAGGACCUUAACCAGAAAGAUAAGAAUAGAGGAAAAAACAGUCGCCGAGAUUCGCAGAUAGGUUUGUCUAGCUUUCCGUCUGCGAUUCCGGGGCGCCUUAAGUGGCCAACUUUUCAUUUCCCAACGGGAAGGCCUAUCUGAGUCUUUGAGGAAAAGGUUCAAUAGUAUCCACGUAAUUGUUAUUGCUGUAGAGUGCUGUGUAGAUAAAUGGACUGUUGAUAAUUACUACAAGUCACUGCGUUAUAUCUAACAUUGCUCUUCAUGGUGGAUCAUGCGAUAGUCGCAGCUAUUCCAACCUUGUUGCAAACCUCCAAUUUGCAACUUUCGCCUUCUUUGAACUUCAGAUGACGACUCUGAUGGCAGCUUUGGCGGUGAAAUUGUCCAUUCGCUUUUCGCCAGCCCAAACCUCUUCGAGGACCCAUCAGCGCAGAAGGACUUGGAAAACAUUGCUGCUUCUGAAUUCAAUACACACGUGAAUGCAACUGAGUUGCAAAUACAGCGCGAGGGAACUCUGGCAGAGGUGGGUGACAAGACGACCGAGACCGCCGCUGGGGUGCCGAUCACAAGUAUGGCUACUGCUGAAGUGUUGGUUCAUCAUGGUCAGAAGAACGGAUCCCUCAUGCCGCAGGUCAAUCUUGCACAUGCUCAGGACUCCGCCAUGAUGGUAUCAGCUACAGCCGCCUCGAUGACCAGGACUAAUCUCGGAAAAGACAACACAACCCUGUUGUCCAAUGAGGGCGAAGCUUUUGCACUACUGCCAAUAGACGUCACAGUCACCGCCACUGAACCGCGACGGUAACUUACUAACUAGCCUUUCUGUAGUCCUUUUAUCUAAUCAUCACGUUUGUAGCCCGAGUUGCUGCACCCUAUCUAACUGUCACGGCACGUAGUUGUGCAUGAAUGUGGUUCACCACACGGAGAUCAAGGGUACUACCUAAAAGUCCAAGAAUGGGUUUCGCGACCUGCGAGAGAUUCGAUUCACCAGUCGGUUCCCAAGAAUCCUCAACUAAUUUUCAGGAAUAACCCCAGAUUUAGAUAUCGAGAUUAUAAUUUUGUUAUAGAUUGAUUUUGGUCUUAGAGUUGCCAAAACUGACUUAUUUUUUCCAAUUCGGUGUGGAGGUUCUAGCUUAAUAUUUUAAUUCACUCUGCCGUUUUUUCAUGCAUAGCGCUGCAAAACGCAAGAGGAGGCUAAUAAUAGAUGAGCAGAAGUCCAUCCCUAGUGAACUCAUGAAGACUCAGAUGCAAGACACCACGGACAUAACUACACAACUCGAUCUGGCGCCACCCACAAAACGUCUUAUGCAUAUGAAAGAGACUGGCAGUCUAGACAAGCUCUUCACCCUUCCGGGUCGGGCGAUUCCCUCACGAAUCCUUCAACGCAUGUUCACACGCAACCUCAUCACCCAGGCCAUACCUGAUGACUUGCACGAGGAGCACCUAAAUCCAACCUAUCCUACCCAGAUAACUGCCGGAGUUGUCGGCGUCACCUUUACCAGCACUGCGCUGAACGAGGAUCAGGUUGUUUUUCCCUCUACCUUCUUUUGUUGCCUGAAAUGCUGCUCUGACGCCUUUUAUUUGGACAUACUACCGUAGGGGACUAAAUCGGCCAUAUGUAACUCACUGAUCCUCUGAACCCCCUACCAAACAUCGGGUCUUCCCAAUCUGGAACUGGGCUAUAGUCCCUUGACGACCACAAAUAAACCUGAAAUGACCAUUUAAUGUGUCCUGUGAGCUCUAGGGCGAAAAAUAAUUCCCAUAUUUCGCUCUGCAGUCAUAUUAACCUGGUGAUUGCCACUCUUCCGUAAUUCACUUAACCUCCUUCUCCCUGAUAUUAGCCUCUGCGCCUUCCGGUCCCUUAGUGUGGCCUUUAUGCACUCACUCACAUUAUAUCUGAGCCGCAGAGACCAGGUCGUGUGCGGCACGCGUAAUAGACUGUUUAACGUUCUCAGCGUCCGAGCCCACCUCCGAUCGUUUUGGCACUGUUUUGACAUCAGAGCAAAAAAAUCUACGAAGGAGAGAAUGUGGCAGGUGCUGCACAAAUCGCCGGUGUCUCGCCCACUCCGUGGAGCACACGGCGGACUUCCUCGCUGUCUGCGGUCCAACUGUCCACCACCACCAUCAUCAUCCUCUGUGCAUACGAUUCAGACUAUUAAAUGCGCGUAUUGACAUGGCUUCCUCGAGGGUGGACACUAGUAAAUUAACUACGAUCAAACAGACCUUGAGUUAUCUCUCUCAUCAGUAAUCUCCCCUAGGACACUUCCCGCUAAAAGUACUUUUGUCUUACGUUUAAUUAAGUUAUAUAUAUCGUCUGUCAUGUUCCUCGAGGUCAUGCUGUUGUAACUGAAGUGAUAAGAGAUUACUGCAAACAUCUUGGUCUUCAGCACCCUUUCCUCGUUCUUUAUCGAUUUUUCCAAGGACUCCGAACUUCUCAUCAGUAUGCAGACACUGGGUCAUAUUUGGAGGUCUAGUUGUUAGUAACAAAAGUUGUGUGCUAUCUAAAAAAAUUCGUCCUCCCGCUUGAAGCCGUUUAUGUCCGCUGUCAGUCAAUGAAGGCACUUGGUUGUGAAAGCCGCAUUCCAAGAAUUUUUGGCGCCGUUGCAUGUGUCUACUGUUCAUAAAGACUUUCGAUCUACCACAAGUCCGUACAAUUGCCAGUUCCCUUCAUCGCUGCAUUAUCUGCAGUGUUUCAUCCCUUUCUUCACACAGGCUUCGGUUAAUUAUCUACCCGGUUGAAACUCAAGGCUACACCAUAUCGAUGAUUCGCCGUUCCAUCUGAACUGUGACGUAGUGGUGUCGUAGCUAGAACCGUAGCAGGCACACGAGAGGGGAAGUACGAACAAAUCAGGAUUCAAGAAUCAGAACAAGGACGCCCGAUAAUCGGGCUUUAUCCAUCUUACAGUUGGCGUACUGGAACUAAGACGAGAAAUAGAAAAGUAGUAAAUAAGAUGGAAUUUAGUCAGGGGCUUAUGCUAGCAUGACACGUGGCUGGUGCAGAAACUGUCAGCACUCAGUGGGGCUAACUUUCCGGAUGUUCUAACUUCUCUUCCCCUCUUCUCACAGCACCCUGGUUGAUAAGAUGAAUUGGCGUUAGACCCGCACAAUUCUGCGAUGCUGCCGCUGUUCUUUUUUGUAUGACGGGACACUGCCUAGGUGGUUUCACCAAAUUAAUGUUUUCGAAGGUAGAAGUCUCCAUUUGCCAUAUAAGUUUGAUAAUUGUACUGACAAUACCGAUCCAUUGUGUCGGAACAAUUAAGAGCAUGGUACUUUUUCUAGGAGAAGCUUUUCGAUUGCGGUAAAGCACUGUUUCCUCUUUAUCCCACCCUGCGCUUAAUCCAAAUCGCCUCUUCAGUGGCCAAUUUUGAUUGCUCAUGUGCCUAGAUAAAACAGGAAUGACAUCGUUCGGAUUGCCCUGAAUUGCGACUCCCCCUACACUACCAGAGCCACUUGAUUUGUGUCAUACGGAUUUUAGCUAUCGACCAGCAGGUGCAGACUUUUUUUCUCUGGAAGCGCUUAAGCCUAAAGAAUUCAGGUUAUCAAUACCGUGCCUAUAGGCAAUUUUGCAUCGCAUAACGUAAAACCGUCUUGGUAAGAAUGCAUUAUUUAGUUAAGUUUCUCUAAAUACCUCGAUCGACUACGUCGCAUUUGGUCUGACUGUGCUUCUCGGAUUUGCAGUCUUCCUUCUCGGCCUCGCGCGAUAUGAUGCGAACACCAACGUAUCAAUCGACUACUAACAUCAUAGUUCAGCAUGAAAACCAAGGCCUCGACGUCAUUCCGGAGGGGACUGAAGAAACGAUUUCCAGUCAUCCUUCAGAUCACCGUACUUUCUCAGUCCAGCAAGGCGAUCCUAACAAAUUGGUGCAUGACAGGCCGUUCGCCAUGGCGGGUGCACAUAUCGGUGAACAACAUGGUACAGUUACUGGGCUAUUCUUUACUUUCCCCCAAAUAUCAUUUUAACUCCUAUCUUAAUAGUCCAGCGUGAAUGAGACAUACUUUGCCAGUAUUCCAACAUAUUACACAGCCAACCGCAUGUUUCGACUCGACUCCCAUGCCUAACUCAGUAAACAUUAUUCACGCAUGAUCGGGGCAAAAGAUAGCGUGAUUAUCUGCUUGCAUCAGGAUAAUUGGACGCAACUCAUCUUUUUGAAAUCAGUGGCGUGGAAGUGGAGUUACAAUUUUCAAGCCAGAAGUUCUCAAACUUGCCAGUUAACUGCAUCGGUAAUGUAUGCGAAUGUCAGGCUGGGGCCUAGAUGGACUCAUCAUUCUUCAGUUCCUUAUUUGUGGCCCAUCCCAUUAUGAAUUGCUCCAUGGUGUACGGCCUUUGUUAAGACAAACUCGGAAGUCGGGGGCCAGUAGGUGCCUUUUAUCAAGCGUCACUCCAAUAUGACUUGAUAGGCCGCGGGCCUGUGGAUAGGUGUAACGCGACUGGCCCGUGUUAGAAUCAGACAUCCCUCUCGAUUGGCGGUCCGGUUUUAAAAAUGCCACAAAUGAUCAUCCAAACAUCUUUUCCAAAAAGACCUUGACCACUCGAAUUUUAAGGCUACUUAAAUUACACCAGUAGCCAUUCCAUGUAUAUUUUCAGUUUGUCAACACGGUUCACAAAGCUUGUAGUCCUGAUAGCUAAAAUCCCGCUUAGAUUAUGAGAAACGAGGAUCCUAGGUGACAAAAGACCUUUGCGAACAGAUGGAUCCUAGCCUUGAAAGCGUCACAGUGUGCGGAACCAUCGGUUUCCCGUUUUACUCUCAAGACCCUAUUCCAGCGAAGGCAGCUGUUCUGAGAUUGUAAGACGGAGUUCUUGGGCACCGACGAUUUGAGACUUGUUCCUACAGGAACUGAAACACAUAGAGUAGUCUCCUGCACUACAGGUGGGGGGAGGAACAGUUUUGAAUCGCUGUGAUGGACCAGGACAGCGUAGCCCGCGCGACCUUAUGAGGUUUGAACUCGACUCUGUUAGGAACCACCUACCGGUUCCCUACGUGCCGCCCAAACGGGCCACGUGGUAGAUGCGCUUGACCAACACGGGGGCCAUAUCGGAAUCUGGCAGGCGUUAUCGGAUUGGCGCACCAUAACAAAUGCCAACAUUGGUUGCCGGCAGACGUAGCGCACACUAGGACUCCUGCCGUCCCCCGUUUCUUCUUAACCCUGUCUUUACACCGGAUCCAGAUGGAGGAGGUGGAGGGAGUGCGGUAGAUGCUACGCAAGUCCACUGUCACUACAAACUGAUUCACGCGCAAGUCACCGGGCCUAUUGCACCGUUGUGUGUAGCACGCGGUGGAUAUCGUCGAAAUCGACGGUCGAACUGUCGUUCGAAGAAAUCGGGCUGAACUGCUUCAGCAUGGAUGUUUUUUCUCGUGUUGCGCGUGCAUCUUCUUACCUUGCCUUGAUUUCGUCGGUUCAUCUAACUUUCCUUUCUUCCUCCAAAAUCCAAAUUUUGCCGAAGUCCAUGAGGCCCUGCAAUCUGCGUUGAUCGUAAUAUUUAAAAUCAAUUAGCGGGUCGCCCCUGUUUUUCUUCAAUGGAAACUGCGCUUAUGGGCUCACUGACACGUUAUCCAUUUCUUCGGUUUAUCCAAAACUACUGAAAAGAAGAUAUUUAUCGGCUGCGUUAGCAAGUGUAAGAUAGUAGAACGCAUUUCCCUAUUCUUGGGGCCUCGGUUCAGUAAUCUGGCGAAAACUCCCAGAAUAGACGGUCUUAAUUAUUUACACAAGUGGUGCUGUAGAAAAGUUGUCGGUAUGUAGCGACUGCUAUCCGCCAUAACUUAAGGCAUCGUACCCUAGCGCUACCUUGCAGGUAAGUACUUAGACAUAAGGACAAUGCGGGGUUAUGAAACUCAGCUGAAUUAUAUUCCCUGCGAUGCCGGCAACACGCGUAUCACGGUUGAUGCCUAGGUUUCGCUAACACCUGCAUUGCACUGACCUGAAGCCACUGCCGCUGGUCUGUCAAAAUUCCAACCCCUCCGCAUGCACCGCCUUCUUUUUUUUUAGCCGACCACAUUGACCAGACCAAUGAAAAUAUCCACGAUCCCUUCCUGGCCACAGUCGACCGAGCUGCCACCAGGCCCACCGACAUUCCUGAGCCCGCCAGUGUUCAGAGCGAUGACCUAGACGAUGGCGGAGCCGACUUCCCUCUCAUCGACACGCCUUAUCUCCCACCGCCAAGUGUUCUCUCUGAAGCUCCAGCAGUGAGUUUUAAAGUUUUCGGGCUGCAGGCAGUGACAACAGUUCAGAAGACGAAGAUGCGAUCACCGGAGCAAGAAAUUUAUUGGCCUAACGUUUCGGAUUCUCAUUCGAAUCCAUAAUCAGAGCCACUCGCAGAUAAAGGCUGCGCAUAUGUAAACGACUCUCGGGGGGCAAAGGUUUCCCACCGUCUAGCCGAUCGGAGCGCCUCGUGCCUAAAAAGAUUGCUGAUAGAAGCGAACAGGCGAGUUCCAGGUAGCAGAUCACAAGACGAAGAUGUGAUCACUGGAACAAGAAAUUUAUUUGCCUGACGUUUCGGAUUCUCACUCGAAUCCGUCAUCAGAGACAUUCGCAGAUUGGUGCUCUGAAAUCCCUGACCUGAGGAAGAAUCAUUUUGCGAAAAAGUUGUGCUAAACUGAUGCCUUACGCGAGUGGUUGGUACUGCUCAUCUGGAUGUCAGGCCAAGCCCAGAUGCAGCCUGACUUUCGUUUACAAUUUCAAAACCUAGAGCUCUACUCCAUACGACAAUAAAAAAACGUUUGUUUCUAAUGAAAUCUGACAUCCUCUCAUAGGCGCCCUUGAGAGUAUUGCUGAGUUGCUCGAGUGGUUUUAAUCGGUGUUUUUUUUACAGAUUUGGGUAAUUUAACGACAUUGGUGAAAUUGAAACCCACAACAGCAAAGUUAGAGCUUAAAUAGAGUCCAAAAAUUAUCAACUCACAAAUCUCGAACGGGGCCUUGUGGCUGUACUCAAGACCUCACACUUAUUGCGGGUUCGAAUGUCACAGAGACUGCCGAAUUUUUCACAACGGGAUCAAGUAAAGUGAUUUCAGCCAGAACUUGCGUCCUGAUUGAAGCCGGCGAAAUGCAAAACCGUGGCUCAGCCAGCUAUACCCUGAUUCCAAACCGGAAAGCCUUGGGCUCUGUGGCCACUAAACCGUGGCGCGGGCUGUUAUCCACUGAAAUCAUAAUUACAGGACAGAAUACCGACGUUCAGUUUUGCCUUCCAUCUCUGCAUCUCGCUCCGCGACCAGCUCCGACACGCAACUCCUGUGUGACUCCGACUGCUGCGAAUGGCUGUCGGCCUGGUAGAGCGUUGAACGAAAAUGUUGGAUCACCAGUGCCAGGAGGUCCUCGGGUGUAGCUUGCUGACGUUGGCAACUUGACCAGAGAUGGCAAUUCCAACCUCCCUUGUCUUUGUUGGUAACUCAUCUCGCUUACAACUAAGUUCCGUCUACUAGUCCCAGGUGGUCAGCCCGGGGUCAGAUCAAGAAGUCUAGUUAGUCAAUGACUCAGUCCAAACACCGAGGGGCGACUGGAGGAAGGAGGCUCAGGGGAUAUAUGCGUGCUCUCAGCAGCAAAUUGACGUUCCGCUUUUAAAAUGUCCUUGUAUUACCUGGAAGUUAUACUCCCUCCGCAUAUGCACAAAAUUGUCCAGUUUCUACAUGGUUGGAAGGGCCUUAACCGGUCUGGUUAUGGGAUGCGUUUAACCCUUUUACGUCAUGAGCUAGCACAAACAGUUGUAUAACGGCUGGUAAUAUAUGCAGAAAAGGGAGUAUCGACAAAGACGAGGGAUACCGGGACGACCAUUUCUGGUCCGCCAGCCGUCGUCAGCCAGUCUUACGCAAUUCCAGACUUGGAUAGCCUGACAUUUGAACCCGAAUGCUUUGGUCUGACGUUUCCUCGGUGGGUCAGAAACCCAUUGUCCUGUCUGCCACGAUUGGAAAUACCAAUUACUGUUACAAUCUACUGCACCCCUUCCUUCCUGUAGGACGUGCUUUCUUUGGAGCAUGAUCUUGCCGAAAGGGACAUGCGGGGCACCUUCGGCGACGACCUCAUCGGCGAUGCCAACCUCCAGGAGGGCGCGGCUGCCGCUGCUUCAGCCGUUACCGCAGAGGCGGCUGAAGAACGUCGUCUGGAGAAGCGCUCCAAGGACAUGCUUCGUCGCCUGCGUGCCCACACUGCUCAACACGGUUGGUCUCCGGACGGUCUUUCCCUUCUCGCUAUGUGUGAGAACAACACAAAGAAGCAGGUAGGCGGUCCUGUUGGAAUUUUAAGCAGCAACUAGUCCUCCCUCUCGUCUGCAUAACAUAUUCGGCUUCCCGUGUUUCUUGCUUACCACCCGUGGGAGAUGUCUCCUCCUGUGCACGUAGAGAAUUUUAGAAAAGCAAAUGUCUCUUGUCCCCAGCGCAUAGGGUCAUUAUGGGGCCUAUGCAAAGAAGACAAAAGCGUACGACAGACUUUGUAUUUCUUAAAACAGCUCAUACCGGAAAAUCUAAUUAUGGCGCACUGUCCUGUUAGACGUUCGCUCAUAUGCAUGCACUGUUUUGUUGACGUCCCUCACGGUGGCUGAGGCCUGGGAAUGGGAAUAGAGGGUGAGAUCGACGGUUUCAGGACAUAUCCCUCACUGACGCGCUUAAAGCUGUCAAGGUGCGUUAAAAGCCGUAGCUUGGAAAGUUACCAACUGACUAAAGUGUCUUCAAGUUGCAUCCCUGACCAGGAGAGGGCAUUUCUCGGGAUUGAUGGUUGUCAACUUGAAGAAGUAGACAGUUUUGAAUACCUCAGGGCGAGGCUCCUUGAUAAAUUUGAAACAGUUUGGCAUGAACAGGAGAGUUCGUUGGUGCCAAGUAAUUUCGCAACGGCUUAGCAAUUAUUGGCAUUUUUGGCCCACCUAGAAGAAAGCUUGUAGCCAGAAUGGUAUUACCGACAUUCUGCCUAUAUAUCAUGCGCCGCUGUGCGGCUGCUGGUUGGGCUCGAGAGAGAGCCCUUAAGGCACAACGGAACGAGUGAGUUCCGUAUGACCGAUCGGUGAGCGCCCCCUACCAAAGCUUGUAGCGUCAAUAUUGAACGUGAAGACACCCCAAAAUGCUAGGCGAAAUUCUGAAAUACGUUUUCCAUUCUAAAAAAAGAUUGCGUGGGCGGGGUUGUAAUGUUUAUUAUCCUACGACAAAACGCUAAGAUAUUUCAGUCACGCCUAUUUUUGGCUGUCCGUAGCAUGAUUUUUCCCGUUGAUUUUCGAAGCUUUUGUAAAUUUAAACAUGUUAUAUGGAAAACAUGCACAAAACUGCUCUCAGUGGUGCUCCUUUGGUAGCAAAUUACGUAUUUUUUUGUCCCACAUGCCGUUACACGUAUACUCGGGGUUUCCAAAUUACAUAUACUGUAUGCAUAUUCAGUCAGAGAACUGUCAUACUUUUCUCCAUGCUGAUAUAAAGACGUCAUAUAGGACUCAUAAAAUUGUGGACCAGGUUGUAUAAUCUAAAAGUAGCGGUAAUAAACAUGCUGAUACGCUGUUAGAUAAUUGGGCAUUUCUCGAUUUUAAAAAAUCCUAUAAUUAAAAACUUCAAAAGCAAAAGGUUCUCUCUCUCUCCCUCUCCCCCCUCCCUCUCUCUCUUCAAGUAAGAAAUCUGGAUAGGACGCAAUUGGCUACCAAAUAAGUGCAAGAGCUUAUAUCUUUGCGCAUGUUUUCUAAUAGAAGCGGAAAGGCGAUUUCCAGGAAUUAGUCGCGAAGAACGAGACACGAUCGCUGGGACCAAAGCUUUAUUAGCCUGACAUUUCGGAUUUUCACUCGAAUCCAAGACCAGAGACAGAGUCAGAUAAGGGUACUGGAUUGCCAGAUUUUGCAGUGUUUAUAGACUGUAGACGCUAGGCCGCUACAUGCAUAUCACAGCUGGCAGCUUCGGAGUCCACCCCGGCUCGGCUGGCCAAGUGUUGAGGCAUGCGGUUGCCAUGCCGUUGCUAUGCCCCGCUGUGCCGGUCAAGAUUAUCGACUUCCACGCUCAUCUCACGUAGUCGAGUUGCUGGCUGCCGGAUUUCAUCAUCCGUGUGGACUCCUGGGCAGCGGCUAUUCGCACGCUCUCCUCGUGGCUAACUUCUUUGCCCAAGCAAGGUCUCAGCGCCGAAAAUGGAGCUGGGAGGUAGUUGUGCUUGUUUAUCGAUUAAGUACCGAAAAUCCACGACUCGAGUAGUUCGCGGCUCACGCCGUUGUCGCCUUUGGCAAGAAUUUUUGCCUCGUCAAACUUAAAUAUGUGGUUGCGGACACACCAACUACGUCGGAGAAACCGGAAGACAGCUCCGAACGCAAAUGGCCGAACACGCUGCAGCGGUGCGGAGAAAUGACGCCAGUUCUCAAGUUGCGGCUCAUUCGACGGGAUCCAACCACGCAUUUAAGUUUGACGAAGCAGAAAUUCAUGCUAGAGACGACAACUGCGUGAGACGCGAACCACUCGCGUCAUGGAUUUCCGGUCCUCAAUCAAUCAAUAAGCGAAACGACCUCCUCCAUAUUCGGCGCUGAGACUUUUUCUAGGCAGAUUAGUUAGCCGCGAGGGAAGAGUGCGGAUGGUCACUGUCACUGGUGUCAAUGUCGGCGAGCCAAAUUGCCCAAGAGCUCACACGGAUGGCGUAAUCCGGCGAUCAGCAACUCGACUGUGUGCGAUGAGCGUGGGAACCGAUAAUCUUGCCCGACACACAGGGACGUAGCAACUGCAUGGCAACUGCAUACUUCAACACCUGGCCAGUCGAGCCGUUAUGCAUUCGGAAGCUGCAAACUGUGGUAGGCAUGUAGCGGCCUAGUGACUACAGUCCAUAAAUACUGCAACACCUGGAAAAUCCACUACCCUUUUCUGACUCUGUCUCUGAUGAUGGAUUCGAGUGAGAAUCAGGGUAAUAAAGCUUUCGUUCCAACCAUUGUGUCUCCUUUUUCGCGUUUAGGCACCCCAGUCCGGAGCUCUCCAUAACACCUUAGCCUGUAGUGACCCUACUCCAAUUCCUAGGAGUUGCGGCCGACCAUCAUCGUUGUACCGACCACCUGAUAUGUUUCGAGGCUCAAAAAAACUGAAGGUCACCCAAAGACUCCUGCUGCAGCGCAAAUUCAUCUUUUAUCCAAGGCACUGACAUUUGGCCAGUUAACUGACCCUACGUAAAUAAUCUGUUUGAAUCGAAAACAAAGUUCAGAAUUUCGGUCAACAUUUCAUGAGAUGGCACGUCUAGUGUACAUAUGUCGAUGACAGCGGAAGAGAAAGACCGGGCCUAAGUUUUUGCUAUGAACAGCCUGCAUUCCGAGAUUAAAUUGGCAAUGGAAAGCCAACGCAACAACAGGCUGUCUUUCCUGAAUGUUCUUCUCCAUGGACAGGAAGAUGGUUUUAUCAGGCAAUUAAUUUUCCACUAGAAUAUCUGCAUCUCGUGCCGGUUCAGAGAAACCGAAUCUUCUUCUACACUCUUUGAGAGACCAGAAGAAAUUUGCUCUAAUGAGAUAUCGGAUUCGUAGUUCGCUUAUCUCGGAGCGACCAUGGCUAGCCGUGGUUGUCUAGCCCGUUCCCCUCAGAAGUACAGCAAUCAUCUGCGGCAAAAAAUAGCGAACAGUCUGUAUUUUCAGGCCGAAAGCCAUUAAUCAUAAAGACUACCUUUUCCUCGACACUGGCUCUCGUAAUGCCAUCUAGAUAAGUCAAGGACUGCAUGCAUCUGGGGUUGCAUUCCAUAGGUCAUCGCUUGAGCCAUUUGGUGUGGGCCACAACCUUUGACGCAUAUUGAUAGUUAAGGAGUGAGUUUGGGUGUUUAUAUUGAGGUGCUUAAACGCUUCAUCGGUGCCGAUGACCUGCCAAAGUCCAGUCGACUGGGAAUGAGAUCGCGCGCUGUUCCUGAAGUGACGUGAACCCUCCCUCCAACGCCUUUCACACUAACACGUUUCUGAUCCCACGUACGCGAUGGGUGCCAAGCAGAUCACAUUAAGAAGGGGUCGUUGCAUUUAGACCCGCAUCCCAAGGAAGAAUUGAGUUAGCUCGCCUUUUGUAGCAUUUCGCAUCGGCCUCCCUCUCCCACUCACUACUGACCUAUCCGAGCCUGUUGAUCGACUAGUUGUGAGAUUGAUCGUAAUGGUUGACGUGACGUAAACCUUCGCCAAACAUCUGCCGCACGCAUGCUAUGCGAAGGAAUACCGACGCCGAGACUGAGCCCCGAGGCACAACAAGACGAGCCUCUUUCGUAGUGUGUGAUUGGUUAACGCUCUCCCCCCUCCCCACCAUGUUCUGAAUUUCAUUAUCCCAUUUCGCGUCCCUUUUAAGGGGAUUUGGUCAAUCCUCAUGCCAUUGCACCGAGUACUAGUUGUGCUUUUACACAGAGACGGCAGCCCCUCAACAUGUGCCGACCAAAAACUGGAAUUAGGGGCUGGCUGCUUUUUGUUCAGUUGCAUAGAGUAGCGACGCGUGGUUGGCUCAUCAAGGCUACUUCGGGGUUUCCCACGUGAGUGGUAUUACAUGAGUGCCGAGAUUCUUCAGUGCUUGGCCCCUUCAGCCAGGGAGUGGAGUGGAGAGUUCUCGAGACGCCCACGCCGGAAACAAAACAGGCCGAGAAUUGAUUGAAGCCUGGGCCUCGGAUGGGAACUCGGUCAAUUGAUUUAUCGAUCUGGCGUCGGCGUACAGAGCCCUGCGUAGUCACCUCCAGUUGUUCGCCGUCGGUUGAUGAUUGGCCUACAUGCCUUAUAACUGUCGCUUGUUCUGCUGAUGCUGCUGCUACCUCUGGCGAUGGACUCCUGUACGAGUCUGAAAGCUCAGGACAAUAAACAGUGUUCCGGUGCUCGACUCAUCUUCCUUACUCGAGACAAGCCUUUUUAGGGUUUUCAUCGAAAGAUGAUAUGAAUACUUCAGCCGAACUAUUCAUAUUUUAGCGGAGUAACCCACAAUCUGCCGCCGAAGCCCAGUAGUCCAUGAAUUUGACUUCAAAGUAAACUACCCUACUUACGAUACAGAUACCGGUCAAUCGCCCCCACCCAUGCUGUAACGGUUAUAUGCAGCUUUUACUUAUGUUUCUGUAUACUAGCUUGAAUCUUUCGAAGAGGGUUUGAACCGCGCAAAUCCCCAUCUGGCCUGACCGACACACGCCAGGAGUCAGUGUGAAUCCUGCAUAGCCCAUUGGAACACACCGAUUAGCCCAUCAGACAAUGUGACGGACAUAGCCUUCCUGUGUACCCUGUAGGACAGGCUGCCGUGAACGCAGUAGUGAUCACAUCUUCAGGGGACUGGACUGGAAAUAUCAAAGGAAGCUUUCGGAUGCAGGGGUGGACUUGAUCGGUUUUAGUUCUUGAUGCUGACGGUUUGAUUGAGCCCCGUCGAUAAUCUCACUAGGGAAGGAUACAAAGUACUUGUUUUUUUCCUGAUGUGUAAAGUGGAGGUUUUUGCAACGAGGUUUUUUUUAUCAGUGUUUUGCAAACGUACAGUAGGUGUGUGAUAACUCAGGAAACGUCAAGACUAACAUGAGAAUCCCAGUAAGGCAAAAUCCUCCCACGCUGCGUUGUUAGAAGGAAGGGUUUACAAAUUAACAUUUACUGCCAUAAAAGUAAUUAAUUUUCACCGAAAACUGGAAUUCCAAAAAACCGCCUUAUCGCAAAUCACUUAGAUCAGGGUGCAUAUGGAAGGGAGUGCAUAAAAGGGCGAAUAGGGAAAAAUAAUAACAAAUACAAGAAAGCACUAUGUUGACUGUCCGUUUGCCGUUCAAACAGCAUAAAGUUUGUCAGACCUGGAUACAACUAGGUUGUCAGCAGUGGUUUGUUAACUGUUAUUAUUGAACACGAAAUCAGGCUUUUUUUUUACACCGAGAGAUUCUUUUUUGCCUUGUGCUACUUUUUUUGUGAUAAGUGCAAAACCGAUUUUGCUAGGAUUAAGAUCCGGUCUGUUGGCAGGAAUCGGAAUUCAUUAGCGGCAGCAUGCGGGGACGCUGACUGUUGGCUAAAAUGUUAGAAUAUAACUGCGAGCAUCAUCAAAUCCACACUUCUUUAAAACGAUGGUCAGGAACAUUGUCAUUCUGGUCGACUUCCGUGGCUUAGCCAAAAAUAAGACCUUAUCACAGAAGUAAAUGCCCUCGCAGAAUGAGACUCUACAAUCAGUAUAAUCCUUAAGUAGUAAACAAGUUCUCUGUUCAGUUUCCUACUUAACAACGGUCUGAUCAUUGUCUUUUGUUACUAAAUUUAAAAUUCAUCCAUCCUUUUCCUGAUUUUCUUCAUCCGCAGAUGCUUCAUAUAAAUGGUCGCAGCAGGCAUAUAAUGGUACUUAGUGUACAACGAAUAAAAUCCUGUCUUGCUUACUUGUGGACCGCCCUGCCUAUGUUUAGGGACGCUUCUGUCAUUGCUGAUAGUCUGACGCAAAGUGACCGUCCUAAUGGCACAAAUACUUGCCAACGACCCAAGCGACAACCCUCCCGCCGUUAAUUUCUGUUUCCGUUCGUAGUCACACCUGCAGGUAGAAACUGCUCGGACAUGUUUUUUUGCACGGCGUGACACGGAACAGCGGCGAGGGCACUCAAUGUAUAUUUGUUUACUUUUGGCAGUUGUCGGUAUGGCAACCGAAAUUACUGCCACAAAUUCGCAAAUACAGACUUUUAAAGUUGAAUUCAUUCCCUACCUUUUUUUUUUAUUGAAAACUAUGAUUUCUCAUACCUGCCUUCACCAUGGAUGCAAAAUUCGAUUUUCCGGUUCCAGAAGGAAUUCAUAUGAAGCUUGUCUUGCUUUCGCGAUAUUUAUUUAUAGUAAAACACUCACAAAUAAGAGGUUUUCCCUGUGAGUUUCAGUAACGUAGGGAAUUACUUGGAUAUCAGGGAACGUCGAAUUUCGUCCAAAUCAGACCUCUUUUCUUUUUAUGAAACAAAUUUUUAAUGCUUUCUUUAAUAUAUAACUUUCUGCACCUCAAAUCAAUUCCGCAAGCAAAAAUAACAAGACCUGAUCUACACCAUACUAACCACCCAAAUUUCGAUCACAAUAUUAAACCAUUUAGGCAAUCUACUGUAGGUACAGUAGGUGGGCUAACUCAUGAAAUAUCAACCGAAAUUCCGAAAUGCGUUUUCGUUUCGAAAAGAUUAAUUAGGCAGGGUUGUCAAACUAGUCAGCCUGCAGCAUAAUUCUAUAAUAUUUCAGUUACCUAAGGGUGUCGGCUUUCGAAUGAACUUCCUGCCGGCUGCUUGUAAAAAACUACACUGUAAAAAUGGCUACUUAAGUAGCGUGAAUUUUUCUCAUUGAGUUUCGAUGCCUCUAAUAGUCCAAUUGUAUUUCAUGGAAAACAUACAUAAAAUAUCCAUUCUUUUGCUCAUUCGGUAGAUAAUUACAUGUUCUUCUGAUUUUAUGCUUGAAGGAGGAACAUAAUUCGGUUUUUAAAAAGCCUUCCAAUUCCCGAAUAAUUUUGAAGUCGCCCUACCGUCACACUUGGAAUCAGGGUUUCCAAACUACAAGCCGUCUAUUUUCCGCGUACGGAAAACCACAGAUUUCUCAACGGUAAUAAAGGGGGACCAUAUAGGGUUCAUGGAGAAACGGUGCCUGGGAUCGUCAAAUAUCUCCCUAAUUCAGAUACCCCUCAUGCCUAUUUGAAAGCAAUUCCUUGAUUUGCUUAGGUUCUUUAAAGCAAGCAUGCACAGUAGAAUUUAUUGGAGCCAGUACAUUUCGCGAUGGCUUAUCAAUGGCAGCCCUUUCAUUGCAUAACGGAGAUAACAAAUGUGGAAGAUGCAGAGAUUUGAACUUUCACAAAGAAAAUCAAUAUAAAACAACAAGGUCAUCGUAUACUUUAUGCAGACUAACAAAUAAGAUGUUAACUUGAAAACGCAACAUAGGAGAGAAAACGGAGAAGUUAGCACGCAGAGGGGUUACGCAAACCACAGGGCUGCAGUUGAUAAGCCGUCGCGAAAUUUAUUGGUUCCAAUAAAUUCUACUGUCAGCGCUUGCUUCAAAUUCAUCCGGGGAAAUAUUGCUUCAAGUUAGGCUUUUUAGUUUGAAGGCACCUUUUUUAGUCACCCCACAUCUUCGAUCAGUAAAAUCAUCAUAACUUGGUUCCGCCAGAGUUAACGUUUUGACCACGUUUUUCCCGUUUAGUCCAAUACUUAAGUAUACUCUCAAGUAACAGAACGGUACCUACGGCAUUCAAGUCGAACUAAUCAACCAGUAUUCCUUUCGCGCUGUUGUAGGCCGCUUCAAAGUUCUACACCGUCCUGUUGUUGCGUAAGCAGGGAGCCGUCGAGCUGUCCCAAGACGGACCCUACUCGGACAUUCGCAUCUUCCGAGGCCCCACAUUCGGUGGGGUCGCUUCCGAGGCCUAG